GAAGGAUUAGAAUUGCAAUCAGUGUAUCCUGCUUGGGAAUCGGAAAAUUGCAGAGGAGCAAGUGCCACGGCUGUAGCUCGUAGUCAUAGGCAAAGUUACUUGGUUGAUUUGUUGUAUCAAUUUGGCAAAAAGGUAUGGACCGUAAAUGGAUGUUUGCUAAUCGCUUAUCCGAUGAAUAUGCUGCCGGGGUGAAAGAGUUUGUUAAAUUUGCGGUUCAAAAUGCAAAGAACCCAAAUAGUUUGCUAUGCCCUUGUUUAGUUUGUUGGUAUGGUAUUCGAGUUAAUCCACUUGAAUUAGAAGAUCAUCUAAUUUGCAAGGGAAUUGAUAAAAACUAUAUAUGUUGGUCAAAUCAUGGCGAGUCCAGAUUUGAUUAUAGUGAUGCAGCAGAUAGUGUGAGAUCUACCUCAUUUGGAGCAGAGGAAGAUGCAUGUGAUGGUGACCGUGUUGAGGAAAUGGCGAAGGCGGUUGAAGAUGAUCUUCGUGAUUGUCCUCAAAUGUUUGAGAGGCUGAAAAAUGAUGCGGGGACACCUCUUUAUAAUGGAUGCUCUAAAUUCACAAGACUAUCUGCGGUCUUAAAGCUGUACAACUUGAAAGCUGCCAAUGGAUGGACUGAUACGAGCUUCACCAACCUACUAACACUCUUAAAAGAUAUGCUUCCAGAGGGAAACGUUCUUCCCGGUCGACUAUAUGAGGCUAAACAAAUGUUGUGCUCUAUUGGAAUGAGUUAUGAGAGGAUUCACGCAUGUCCUAAUGACUGCAUAUUAUUUCGAAAUGAAUAUGAAUCUCUUAAGUCAUGUCCCAAAUGUAAAGCUCCACGAUAUAAGAAGGAAAAUUCAUGUCCUUUAAAAGUGUUAUGGUAUUUCCCCAUAAUACCCAGAUUUAGGCGCAUGUACCGCAGUGCAGAAGUUGCAAAACAGUUGACUUGGCAUAAAUAUAGAGGAGAAGGAGAUGGAAUGCUUCGACACCCGGCAGAUUCUCCCCAAUGGAGCAAAAUUGAUUCUGACUAUUCUGAAUUUGGCAAAGAGGAAAGAAACCUACGCCUUGCAUUGUCUACAGAUGGAAUAAAUCCACAUAGCCUCCAAAGUAGCACCCACAGUACGUGGCCGGUGAUACUAGUGAUCUAUAACCUACCUCCUUGGCUUUGUAUGAAGCGCAAGUAUAUGAUGUUAUUAAUGUUAAUUUCUGGGCCUCAACAACCAGGAAAUGAUAUAGACAUAUACUUGUCUCCUUUAAUUGAAGAUCUGAAGAAAUUAUGGGAGGUAGGGGUGGAGGUGUAUGAUGGGUCAAGGGAAGAAACUUUCAGGUUGAGGGCAAUGUUGUUUGGUACGAUCAAUGAUUUCCCGGCAUAUGGCAACUUGUCGGGAUAUAGUGUAAAAGGAAAACUUGCAUGCCCUAUAUGUGAAGAUGAUACAAUUUCAAUGCGAUUAGAUCAUUGUAAAAAGAAUGUUUUCCUCGGACAUCGUAGAUUCUUGCGAUCAACACAUCGUUAUCGGGGGUGGACAAAAGCUUUCAAUGGUAAUAAAGAAGAAGGUAGAGCUAGAAAGCCAUUGAAGGGUAGUGAUCUGAUUGCCAAGGUGAAAAACGUGAAGUGUAAAUUUGGCAAGACAUUCAAAAAACAACUUCCUAAAUGUGGUUGGAAGAAAAAGUCAAUUUUCUUUGAGUUGCCAUAUUGGGAGUCACUUCAUGUGAGACAUUUUCUUGAUGUGAUGCAAGGCAGAGGAGAAUGA